AUGGCAGCGCCCACUGUUGACAAACAUGUUGAACUAGGUUUUGUAGAAGAAACAGAUAAAUUUCUGCUUAAAAGCAGAUUCUUUCCAAGUAAAGUUGGAGGUAGACCGGCCUGGUUGUCUUUGAAAUCAUUGCCAACUCCAGAAGAGCUUUCAUGCAGCUUGUGUUCCAAACUAAUGAAAUUUUUGAUGCAAAUUUAUUCACCUGAUCCUUCAAAAGAGUCCUGCUUUCACAGAACUAUUUUCAUCUUUGUUUGUGACAAUACGAACUGUUGCAAAUCAAAUUGUGCAGGUCAUUUAGUUGUAUUUCGGUCACAGUUACAACAAAUCAAUGAAUUCUACAGUUCCAAACCACCAGUUGAGGCCAGAGUAGACAAGGAAAUAGAUGCCUCACUUCACAAUAAGUUAUGUAGGGUGUGUGGAUGCUUAGGGCCCAAGACAUGCGGAAAAUGCCACAAAGUUAGCUACUGCAGUAAAGAGCAUCAGGCAGUUGAUUGGAAAGAAAAUCACAAACAAGAAUGUUCUUCAGAUUCAGCAGAUGUUGCCAGUGAAAAGAACUACAACUGCCUUUUCCCAGAGUUUGAGCUUGUGACUGAGACAGAAAAUGUUCCUACAAAAGGUACAAAGGAGAAAAAUGAUGCAACAAAAAUGAAGGAGUAUGAAGAAUUCCUUAAGUCUGCAAAAGGGUCUGAUGCAGGAGAAAGUCUACCAGAUUCCGAAUUACAAAGCAUGGCUGGAAAGGGGACAGAUAAUGAUAAGCAGCUGCUGAAGUUUAAGGAAAGAAUUAGCUUUGAGCCAGAACAAGUUCUGCGCUAUGAUAAAGGUGGUGAGCCUCUCUGGAUUGCCCAUUCUCCCAAACCACAAGCCAUACCAGAUUGUGAUUGUGGGGCUAAGAGACAGUUUGAAUUUCAGGUGUUGCCCCACCUUCUUUCCCACCUGAAUGUGGACAGGCUGGGAGCUAGUCUAGACUGGGGCACAUUGUGUGUGUACACUUGUGUAGACAGCUGUGAGACGGGGAACCAGUAUAAGAGGGAGUUCAUAUUCAAACAAGACGUUAUCUGAUUUUAAUUGUAUUUAUUUUAUAUCUGUAUACAAAUGUAUAAUAAAAACCAGGUAUUCUUAACAAAGAUGUUCAUAUUUAUUUUCAAAAUUUAUAAUAAACAAACUCAAUUGUAUACUUCAAGUUCAAGUUUAAAGAAAUAUUUUCAUUUAACCAUAUCACGAGCUUAUUGGUGUCUUAAUGCCAUUACCCUUUGUAUGGG